UGACGUCGGUGUUACAUUGUUAUUUGUCCGUGUUUCCGCAAAUUUGGUUGAGGUUACAUCAACUAACCGACAAGCUAGCUAACUAAUGGGGGUUGCGAAACAUUGAAAUUGGCUUGAUCAACUGACAAAAGAUAUUUAGUAUGCAACGAAGACGGGUAAUAGGAUUACGCUACCUGUUGUGCUCUUUUAUGACAACCUAUAACUAACGUUAUUGAUUGAUGUUGGUUAACUAACUGUGGAAGCUGCUAGCUAUGUAUUGUUACAGCUGUUAAGUCUUUGUUGAAGUAAAUUAGAAUUAGAGUAAGUGUCCAUACGGAGGGAGAUCAUGGCGACUCGUAAACAGAAAAAGAUGAUAAGAUACGUGGAAGAUGGCAGUUUAAUGAAGCUGAAGUCCUACUUCCGGAAACACUCCGACCUCGACGUCAACUUUUCCCAGGGUAAAAAGCGCAGGACUCCCCUGCACCUGGCCUGCUCGCUCCGUGAUGACGCCAUCCUUCGGCUUUUGUUGAAGUAUGGAGCCAACAUCCUUCAGAAAGACAAGAAAGGGGACACGCCCCUACACAUUGCUGCUAACAAGGCUCUGAAACAUGGCAAAAGAGUUUAUGAUGACCUCGUCUUGCCCCUUCAAAAGAGUUGCCCAGAUGCCAUGGUUGCACCAAAUAAUGCAGGAGUUACACCUCAGGACCUGCUGCAAUGGAUGAAAUUUGAGAAGACUGCACCUAGGGAAAAGUCUUCACAAGCGACAGACGCUGAGAAAGAGUGGCAAGAGAAGCUCUUUGGGGAAUGCCAGGAUGAGUUUUUUGAAACAUUUGGACAAUAUGAUGCAGAUGAUUUAUUUGCGGAAGAUACCGAUGAGGAGGACUUUCAAGACUGGGCAGAUAGAAUUAGACAGGAGUAUGUCACUAAACAGCAUGCAGAGGCUCAAAGACUGGCAUCCUCAGGUUUUCAUGGGAAGAGGAAGAAAGAGGCGGAUGAGGAGGAUCGGGCUAACAGAGAGCUGCAUGAGAGGCUACAGAGGGAGCAUGAAGAGUACCUGGCGCGUGCUGCACGGAAAGAGGAGGAGACGCGUCAGGGGAAGAAGCAGCGCUACGAGGAGCGAUGUGCAGAUACCUUCAACACUGACACUGCAGCAGCGGCCACCACAAAACUGAGUUAUCGGGACAUUCCCUGGCCGGCAGCAAAGGGCUCAGUGGAGGAGAUGGUGGAGGUGAUGCUGCAUGGUGCAGAUAGGAAAGACAUGCCAGUGUUCCGUAAACUCCUCAGGCGCCAGCAGACCGUUUGGCACCCGGAUAGGUUUGCCCAGCGCUGUGGGACCCGGCUGGAGGAGGGAGACAAGCAGAGGAUCCUGGAAACUGUCACUGCUCUCUCACAGGAGCUCAAUAGACUGGCUCAGAGCCUCAGGUGACAAUGUCAGACUGGAAAGGACCUUAUGAGAUGUUGAACAGUCUGUCGUUUAGCCACUCACGGUCCUGUACAUGCAGGGCAGUGGUUAUGUUUCCAGUGGUGGUCAGUCAUUUUGAUCUGUCAAAACUAAUUUCCACUUGAAGCACCUAAUUUCUUGGAUAAACUUGGCUACGCUUCUUAUUCUUGUCACCAUGCCAAAGUGUUGAGUGAAUGCCAUAUUUCUUAGUGUUGUGUUGUGUACUUCUCGGCACUAGGACUUGAUGUAAGAGAUGAUGUUGCUAGAGAGAAUAAGUGUUUGCCUUGUUAAAUUUUUAAAUUAAUUAAAAAUAAAUAACCUGUUAUAUCUUGAUCGCA